AUGGCUAGCAGACGGCAUCUUUGCGGCACAGGGAAGAAAUUUUGGAAUUUUUUAAUUUUUGAACAGUUUCCACAACGAAUUUUAGUCAGACGAAUUGCCUCUGACGGUGUGAAUUCCCACAGACAGUUGUCGAAAUGUUGCAAUAGUCGUAAAACCUCACGAGCGUGGCCACUAUUUCUGUCACGUUUUCGGGGGCAGCUAAAUGUAGACGCAACAACAUGGUUGUUUCGUGCAUUCACUUCCACAGUGACAAAUGUCAGAAUAGCAGCAGGUGUAGGCUUGGGCCUUUGCGUAGCACACUGUCUUUCAGGCUCCGAAAACAAUCAUGCAAGGCUUCUGAUAGCUGUGAAGAAAAAUGAUUUCCGAGAUCUCGACAGACUGCUGAGACUGGGAGUGGAUGUAAAUCAAAAACAUGAACUGGGCUGGACAGCUCUCCAUCUGGCAGUGGUGAACAGAAACUUAGUUGCCGUGAAGAUGCUACUGCAGGCUGGAGCAGAUCCAGAUCUGGGUGAUGAGUUUAGUAAUGUACAGAGAAUGGCCAGAGAGAAACAGCUUAACCCACUGCAAGUGCUGGUGACAAGGGAGGACGAGUUCUGUGACCGUCUCAAUGUUCGUGCCAUCUUCAAAGGCUGCACAGCUCUCCAUUAUGCUGUGUUAAUUGAUGACCUGGAUAUUGUGAAGGAGCUCCUUAAUGCAGGGGCAGACCCUACCAUUGAGAAUGCCAGUGGGCACCGGCCAGUGGAAUAUGUGAAAAACCCAGAAAUAAAGAACUGUCUACUUGAUUAUGAGAAGAGGUUUGCUGAGAUCCAGGCUAACAAGGCUGCAGAAGAGAGGAGGAAGUACCCCCUUGAGCAAAGAUUGAGGAAACACCGUGGACAGGAGGGAGCCAUUAACACCGUGGCAUCAGCGAUCAGAAGAAAAGAGAAUGGGUGGUAUGACGAGGAUCACCCUCUAGUCUUCUUAUUCCUGGGAUCAUCUGGCAUAGGAAAAACAGAACUGGCUAAGCAGGUGGCUAAUUAUCUUCACAAGGACAUUAAGAAGGGUUUCAUCAGACUGGAUAUGUCGGAGUAUCAGGAAAAACAUGAGGUGGCCAAGUUCAUCGGAUCUCCCCCUGGCUACAUCGGUCAUGAUGAAGGGGGACAACUCACAAAGAAGCUGACAGAGUUUCCCAAGGCUGUGGUACUGUUUGAUGAGGUGGAUAAGGCUCACCCUGAUGUUCUCACCAUCAUGCUCCAGCUGUUUGAUGAGGGUCGAUUGACAGAUGGAAAAGGGAAGACAAUUGAGUGUAAGGACGCCAUUUUCAUCAUGACCUCUAACCUUGCCAGUGAGGAGAUAGCUGAACAUGCUCUGCAGCUCAGGGCAGAAGCUGAGGAAAUGGACAGGAAGAGGCGUGAAGGCAAGCUAGAUGACUUGGAACUUGCAGAAAAAAUCACUAUAUCAAGAAGGUUUAAGGACAGGACAGUCCGACCCAUUCUUAAGCGCCAUUUCCGCCGGGAUGAAUUUCUGGGUAGGAUCAAUGAGAUUGUGUACUUCCUGCCAUUCUCACGGUCAGAGCUGGCAAAACUGGUUGUCAAAGAGCUAGAGUUUUGGGCUACCCGAGCCAGAAAGAAGCAUGAUAUAGAGCUGAGCUGGGAUCAUCAGGUGGUGGAUGUUUUGGCUGACGGAUAUGAUGUGCAUUACGGAGCUAGAUCCAUCAAGUACGAGGUUGAGCGUAGAGUUGUCAGCCAGCUAGCCAUGGCACACGAGAGACAACUGAUCCACAAGGGGUGUGUCCUGAAGAUCACUGUAACUAACCCUGAAGACCUAGUCACCACCAGCUCUAACCACCCUGAGGCUGAGAAACCAGAGGACCCUGUCACAAUAAAACUACAGCUGCUAAAAAAGGGUGGAAAGACAGAGAAAUAUGAAGACAUUAAAAUAGAUCCGAAUGAAAAUCCAUUCUCGAUGGGGUUUAAGUGAUUGCAUCCAGAAAUGCAUAUUUAAGAAGGAUUUGUACAGAUAAAUUUAUUGCAUGAAGAGCUACUACCCUUUUGCUUUUCUUCAGAUGAAUCAGUUGGAAGAUGAAGUCAAGACGGCAGGUAUUCAUGAUGGCAGAGUGGAUGUAUUUUAAUAAGAUACGAUAAUAUAUACAUGUAAAAAUAAACCCGCUCAUUGCCUUAGGAAAGGAAUCAGCAGUUUGUAUACAUAAAAUAAAUUACAUACAUGUAUGCAGUGUAAUCUUCCUCAGAUUUAUUUGACUUGUGGAAGGAACCUGUACAGAUAAUAUGUACUAUAGUAUAUGAACGCUUUCCACGGUUGCUCAGUCUAAUAUGCUGAACAGUGAUCUUUAACUUCCAUUACUAGUCUUGUAAUCUUGUAUAUAUGUACAAGUAAAAAUACCCAUAACAGUAGCUUGUUGCCUGGAUUUUUCUUCAGGCUUUGGGAUCUUAUAAAGAGAUUUUAGACUUAAGUCCAAACGUCAAUCAUAAAAUUUGGUAUGUUCCUUUCCAUUAUUUUAGCUGAAAUUUGUUGU